GGAGGGAGGGGGGGCGCCAGUCGCGGGUUGCAUUUGUUUGUUAUGACUUUCUGCUCCCUGACCCACGUGCAUAGUAGUUCUCUAAGGAAAACAUGAACGCAGAAAAGGAAGAAAGUUUUGUGCAACCCAAGAAGAUGUCGAGGAAACGCGCCGCCUCUGCGGGUGACAGUGCAAUGGAAGUGGAAUACAGAGGCAUUGCUGGUGCCAAGGCGAAUAACCUCCCCGGAUCCAAGAGGCAGCGCACGGCGGUCGACGUCCGCAAGGUCCCCGUCCCGUCUCACAGAUAUACUCCUCUAAAGGAAAAUUGGCUCAAAAUCUUUACUCCGAUCGUGGAGAAUCUACAGCUCCAGGUGCGCUUCAACCUCAAGACCCGCAAUGUGGAGAUACGACCCUCCGAUCAAACUCCUGACGUUUCUAACCUGCAGAAAGCUGCGGACUUUGUGAAAGCGUUUGUGUACGGUUUUGACGUGGAAGACGCCCUGGCACUUCUUCGAUUGGAUAACUUAUUUGUUGAAAGUUUCGAAGUCAAGGAUGUCAAGACCCUGAAUGGGGACCAUCUCUCAAGAGCUAUUGGGCGACUAGCUGGGAAGGGCGGACGUACAAAGUUCACUAUCGAGAACAUAACAAAAACCCGAAUUGUUCUAGCUGAUUCAAAGAUUCACAUUUUAGGUUCUUAUCAAAAUAUUCAAGUUGCGAUGAGGGCUGUUUGUAAUUUAAUUUUAGGCAGUCCUCCCUCCAAAGUGUAUGGACAGCUUCGCAAUGUGGCAAACAGAAUGGGAGAAAGGCUGUGAUCUAGCAAACAUUUGUUAACUUAAAUUCUAUAUUGUAUGAUAAGUUUCUAAAUUGUAUAUAAGCACAUUGAAUCCAACAGCUUGACUUUGUAUCCACCGAAUUCUUUUAAUGCGGAUACUGUGGUACUUUCUUAAAGAAGGCACUCGUCUAACUUUUCUCAAACUGUUUGUUCAUUUAUAUCAAUAAACACAAUUACUCAAAA